GCAGAGGCUAGUGCUCGGCGGCUCCGAUCGCGUUGGCCUGGCCUGGCCCGCACGGCGCUGGGCGCAGAGAACGGCCAUGCCGCCGCGGCGCAGCAUCGUGGAGGUGAAGGUGCUGGACGUGCAGAAGCGGCGCGUGCCCAACAAGCAUUAUGUCUACAUCAUCCGAGUCACGUGGUCCAGUGGCACCACAGAAGCCAUCUACCGGCGCUAUAGCAAGUUCUUUGACCUCCAGAUGCAGAUGUUGGACAAGUUCCCCAUGGAAGGAGGACAGAAGGAUCCCAAGCAGAGGAUCAUUCCAUUUCUGCCAGGCAAAAUCCUCUUCCGCCGCAGCCACAUCCGGGACGUGGCUGUCAAACGCCUGAUACCAAUUGAUGAGUAUUGUAAGGCCCUGAUCCAGCUGCCUCCCUACAUCUCUCAGUGUGAUGAGGUGCUACAGUUUUUUGAAACAAGACCUGAAGACCUGAAUCCUCCCAAAGAGGAGCAUAUUGGGAAGAAGAAGUCAGGGAGUGACCUGACCUCGGUGGACCCCAUGGUCCUGGAGCAGUAUGUGGUGGUGGCAGACUAUCAGAAGCAGGAGAGCUCAGAGAUCAGCCUCAGUGUGGGCCAAGUAGUGGACAUUAUUGAGAAGAAUGAGUCAGGUUGGUGGUUCGUCAGCACUGCUGAAGAGCAAGGUUGGGUCCCUGCAACCUGCCUCGAGGGCCAGGACGGUGUGCAGGAUGAGUUUUCCCUCCAGCCUGAGGAAGUCUCCUGGAGGUACUGCUCUCUGCCCCGGUCUAUGGGCCGCCGCCGGACUCUGGGGGACUUGUAUGCCAUCAGCUGGCGUCAAGAGGAGAAGUACACAGUCAUCUAUCCGUACACAGCUCGUGACCAGGACGAAAUGAACCUAGAGCGAGGGGCUGUGGUGGAGGUCAUCCAGAAGAACCUGGAAGGCUGGUGGAAGAUCAGGUUCCAGGGUAAAGAGGGCUGGGCCCCUGCUUCCUACCUAAAGAAGAGCAGUGGGGAGCCCUUGCCCCCAAAGCUGGGCCCCAGCUCAAAUGCCCACUCAGGGGCCCUCGACUUGGAUGGUGUUUCUCGGCACCAGAAUGCUCUGGGCAGGGAGAAGGAGCUGCUCAACAACCAGAGGGAUGGCCGGUUUGAAGGUCGCCUGGUGCCAGAUGGUGACGUUAAGCAGAGAUCACCAAAGAUGAGACAGAGACCCCCUCCUCGCCGGGACAUGACCAUUCCUCGAGGCCUCAACCUGCCGAAGCCUCCCAUCCCACCCCAGGUGGAAGAGGAGUAUUACACCAUUGCAGAGUUCCAGACCACCAUCCCAGAUGGCAUCAGCUUCCAGGCCGGCCUGAAGGUCGAGGUGAUCGAGAAGAGCUUAAGUGGUUGGUGGUACAUUCAGAUGGAAGAUAAGGAGGGAUGGGCCCCCGCAACCUUCAUUGACAAGUACAAGAAGACCAGCAGCGCCUCAAGGCCCAACUUCCUGGCUCCCCUGCCUCAUGAGAUGACUCAGCUCCGGCUUGGGGAUGCAGCUGCAGUGGAGAACAAUCUGGGUCCAGAAGCAGUGGGGCCCUCCAGACCCCUGCCUGAGGCACCACAUGGUGCUGUGGACUCUGGGAUGCUGUGGUCCAAAGACUGGAAAGGAGGAAAGGAGGCCCCAAGAAAGGCAUCUUCAGACCUGUCUGCAUCAGCAGGCUAUGAGGAGAUCUCAGACCCCACACAGGAGGAGAAGCCCAGCCUCCCUCCACGCAAAGAGUCCAUCAUCAAGUCCGAAGAGGAGCUGCUGGAGAGGGAGAGACAGAAGAUGGAGCCACUCAGGGGCUCCUCUCCCAAGCCUCCUGGCAUGAUUUUGCCAAUGAUUCCAGCCAAGCAUGCCCCACCAGUCCGGGACAGUAGGAAGCCAGAGCCCAAACCUGACAAAGGCAAGGUGUUCCUGCUAAAAAACGACAUGGGUCUAGAGUGUGGCCACAAGGUGCUGGCCAAGGAAGUGAAGAAGCCCAACCUCCGUCCCAUCUCCAGGUCCAAAGCUGAGCUGCCCGAAGAGAAGGUGGAGGCCACUCCUCAGAAUCCAUUCUUGAAGUCUAGACCUCAGGUUAGGCCCAAGCCAACUCCUUCCCCCAAGCCAGAGCCAGCUCAGAACGAAGAUCAAGUGGACAUACAUAACCUCAGGAGCAAACUCAGACCUGCCAAGUCCCAGGAAAAAGCCUUAUUGGAUGGAGAGAGCCACCAUGCUGCUGGGGGCCAUGACACAGCCCCCAGCCGAAGCUUCCUUCCAGCAGAGGGACCCGGCCGUGGUCAGGACAGGUCUGCCAGACAGGACGGCCUGAGUCCAAAGGAGUCACCCUGCAGAGCCCCUCCCAGGCCAGCCAAGACCACAGACCCUGGGCCCAAGAAUUUGCCUAUGCCUGUCCAAGAAGCCACCCAGCAAAGACCUGUGGUCCCACCUCGGAGACCCCCACCCCCCAAGAAAACCUCCUCAUCACCGUUGUCGUGCAGGCCCCUCCCAGAGGUCAGAGGGCCACAGCGUGAAUCCAACGAAAGCAGGGCUGCCCCUGCUCCAGGCCGGGCUCUCCUUGUCCCUCCGAAAGCCAAACCCUUCCUCUCCAACUCCAGCCAAGAUGAUGUGCGAGGCAAAGGCGGGCCCCACAUAGCUGGCAAGGCGGGAGAAAACAGAGGGAAAGCAGCCUCCUUCCUCAGUGCCGAUAGCCCAAAGGACUCACUGUAUGUGGCCGUGGCCAACUUUGAAGGAGAUGAAGACACCAGCAGCUUCCAGGAAGGGACAGUGUUUGAAGUUCGGGAGAAGAGCAGCAGUGGCUGGUGGUUCUGCCAGGUCCUUAGCGGGGCUCCUUCCUGGGAAGGCUGGAUUCCUUCCAACUACCUCCGGAAGAAACCUUAGCUUCCCCACCCGGCCCAGAGGCCCCCCCCCCGCUCUCCCUGCGAGCCUCUCCCGUGUAUUUAAUACGCAUCUUAAUUUAUCAGUCUCCACAUAGUUUCAAGGAAGGAGGCCGUUGGGGUCGCUGUGUCUUCUUCCCUCCCUGGGUGGGGAAUGCUUGGUGCAGAGAUGUCCUGCCACCUGGGGUCUGAGUCUCCUAUUGUGGCAUCCCCAGAAGGCUCGAUAGUCACAGCCUUUGCUAGGUAGAAAACACGUCAGCAUCCCUCUGUAGUAGCAUCUAUUCUCCUAGUCAGUGGUAUUGUCACCCAGGAGCAGGACAGUGACACUCUCAGAACUGAGAGCUGUCACCUGGAAAGCUUCGGGACUGCACCUCAGUGCUCAGAUGUGACAUAGAGGGACAGCCCACACAGCUUGUGACAACUCGAUCUAACUUCUCCAUGUUUAUAGAAGCCCAGUAGUGGCUUUGUUCACUGUUCCCAGAAUGCCUGGUACCUGGGAGAACUGUGUCCUGAGGGAAUCAGCUUCUGGGCUUUCUGUUUCUUAGUCCUGACCAGAUGCAGCUGCCCUGAAGAGGUCCUGGAGAGUCGCUUGGUCAUCCUGCCUCCUGUCUGUCUGCCUUGGACUGUGAUCAGUCCUCAAGAAGCAUGCUUCACUUCACUGCUGCUGCCUCUGGUCCAUCCAGGGCUUUCAAAUUACAGUUCCUCUCCAGUCCCUAAAACAGUUCCCAAGUUUGUUUAAAUAAGGACCCUUCACAAGGCACUCAGCCUGUGGGUACUUCUUUGCCUGGUAGGUGCCGAACUGCCCUUAGUCUUUUGCCUUCAUAUCCAAACCUUCAGCCAGCCCCCACUCAUUUUCUAAAUGAGGAAGCUCAGGCUCUACAGGACACACCAGCUAGGAAGAAGAGGGAGGAAGUUCGAGUCCAGACCUGCCUGAUUCCAACACCCAUAUUCUUCUUCCAGAAAGAACAAGCCAGUGAGAGAAGAGAUAGGAGUUGACUGGGUAAGGGGACAGUAGUGAGUGCCCUAGACUUGUAGCUGCUUCUCCAGGGCAGGGCAUGCCCUGGAUCCUUAGUAGUUGCCACAGAGCUUGUAGGUUGGUUCCCUGUGCAGAAGGGGAAUACAGAAAACUGACGCAGUGUCCCAUGGUGAUUUGAAGGGUGCUGUGGUAGCUAAGGACCAGCUGCUGGGUCGGUGACAAACUCAGCAGAGCAUCAGUAGCCAAGACCCUGAAGUAGCCAAGACUUGCCCCCAGCAGGUGUGGCUUCCUGUAGAGCAGUUUGCUUUUUAGUGUGCUUCUCCCUAGGAGAAGCCCAGGGCAGCCCUUCCCUAUUUUGACUAAUUGACUUAACUGAGGACUCAGGAUGUCUGCUUAGCUAUUGCAGGGCUAAAAUCAGGACUCAGAUUUCUAGCCCCUAGCCCAGAGCAACUUAUACCUAUGAACAGACUUCCUGUAAAAGAGGGGUGGGAUUGAGAGGGCAAGAACCCUAUCCCAUCCCAAAGACCCUGCAGAAGAUACCACCCUGUCCUGCUCUACACCCACCCUAGAAAUCAAUCUCAAUAUCUCUCUCUCUCUCUCUCUCUCUCUCUCUCUCUCUCUCUCUCUCUCUCUCUCUCUCUCUCUCUCUCUCUCACCUUUUUUAUUUUUUUAACCUGUGCUUUGGGAACCACAAAGGCCCUUUCCCAAGAUGUUUGCAUCUUACCUGCAGUGCCAAAGAUUUUGUGCAACAGAUCUCUUCUGCACACCCACCCUUUCCCAGCCCCCUCUCUGUGCCCCCCUGGCUCAGGUUGCUUUCCUCUAACCCAUGGUGGCACCACGACUCUCACCUUCUGCUCAGCUCCACCCCCAGAGUACUGGGCCAGGGAAUGAGACACCUCCUGAGGGACAAUCCUGCUUAGUCUGUGCCCAAGGCCUCAGGAGAAAGCGGUAGUUAGAGAGAGGGAAGGCUGAGAGAGUCUUAGCAUUUCUUCAAGGCUACACACACUCCCACUGUGCAGGAAGCCUCAUAGCUUUUGUUUUGUUUUGUUUGAGUUUUGACACCUUCACUUGAAUAGCUUUCAUGAAGCUGUUUUAUAGGUCUUUGAAGAAGCAAAGGUUUUUUUGUUGUUAUUUUUUUGUCUUGUUUGCAUUUGGCUCUCUGUAAACUUUUCAAGUAGUUUGCAAGUCCCUACUUUGCAACAGGUACUAGAAUUUGCCUUUUGCCCUCUGCUUGUGCUGAUGUGAAGUGUAGGUGUACAAGGUGCAUUCUUGUUCACUGUCCUUUUCUUGGGUCACAUGCACAGCCUGAAGAUUCCAUGGCAAACUCCAUCUGCCACUAUGGUCAUCAUUGCUUUGGUCAACUGGAAGUGAGUGAAUCCGCAGAGCCAGCGACUCACCCAGCUUCCCUUGCCUGGGACUUAGCUUUUCAACAUCCAGGACUGUGGCCAGUCCUCUGUGAUGGAGCCUACGCCAGACUCUCCUCUAUCCCUGCCUUGGAAAACUUCCAAGACCAUGGAAGCAAUGCCUGGGCCAGUCACAAAUCAGAUCACCGAUACAAACCUGCCACCACCCCCUUAACUAAUCUUCACAUCAUCCCUGUGAGAUGACAAAGAUCAGCCCCAAUAUGUAAUGAAUGAGAAAGUUAAGGCGUGGAGAGUGAUGGCACAUCCAGCCUUGUCCAGAUAUUGGCCACCGGCAGAGAAAUGUGUAUAGUCCUUGCAGGCAGUCGGAUGACCCAGUUUCUGAAUUUAGGUGUUUUCCCCACAACCCCCUGGCCAAACAUUGGUCAUGGGCCAAAUGGCCCUGCUCUCUGGAUGUGUUGUUUCAGCCUGGGAGCAAGUGUAGUGUCCUGACCUCUGGAGGCCAGUUGAUAAAAUGAGACUUUGCUUAUAUUUUCUGGCUAGAGUCACUCUUGACCAUUCAUGGCCCCAGACAGAGGCCAGGGGAGGUUUGAGCUCCAACUACUUCCUAGUCUGUCAGGAAAUGGCUAGAGCCAUACCAGGCAUUCACAGGCAUUUUUUAGCCUCUGCUACCAGGUUUCUCCAUAGAGUAGAUUUCUAUGGCACAGUUUCUUGACCUUAAACUGUUUUGAACCCACUGGGGACUUGGGUAGUAUGUGGAAAGCAGGGGACUUGUGUGCCUCGGAAAAGGAUAGGUGCCAGAUCUCCCCAAGACUUAAGAAGAACAGUCCAGUGUUAUCACCAAAGAUGUGUUCUGAAUGGGAGGAAGAAACUGUCUCAACCCUCUCAAAGCCUCCCAUGGGGCUCUGGCUCCAUCCCAGCAUCACAUAAACAAGACCAUUAAUGGCUUAGUUCCUGUCCUCCCAUUGAGCUCUUCAGUGCUGACAUAGUCAGCACCUUAGGAAGCCUUGCCAUUUCUCUGAAUAGUGUGGCAAUCUUAGCCCUUUCACUGGCUGGCUAAACUGUCCAGGGCUUUUCUGUAUACUACAGACAGCCAUAUCCUACCACAGACCAAAGAUUCCCUGAAGUCAGAGGGGUGUGGACUGAAUGGGUAGGAAAUGAAUUUUCAUCAGGGCCUGAAGCCUUGCCUUUGCUUGGAAGAAUAGCUCCUAACUUGCUAGGGUUCUAGCAGCUGGACUGACCUGACCCCAAGCAGAGCUACAGAGUCAAGACAAUGGUUCAUACUCCUUACCUGCUCAUGGACCGCCUUCUGAACAGACUUCCCACAGACCAGGCCUCCCUGCUCUGGCAAGUGAUGCCUGGUCUCCGGUGCUAUCUAGUUGAGGUACCAAGCCCCUUAUAUGUGAGUGUUCCAUCUUCCUUCUCACCUCCAUCUUCUCCACAGUAAGCCAGUCAGAAUGAGGGCUUUCAUCCUUCAAAAGACCAGACCUGGUGCCAUCGCCAGUGGCCUUCAGUCUCACUUCUAUGCUUUUAGGAGCAAAGGUGCCCCAGCAGGCUUACUACAGCAAUAAGCAAUUCUAAUGCAAUGGAGGUAUCCGUAUUAUGCCUGCAAUGCCUUUGUGCCCUGUAAUUAUUAGUAGCGCCUCUCUUACAGGGGGAAUGUGAUAAACCAUGGUCACCUUAGCCAUACACAGUUCCUGUUUUGGGACCACCGAGGAGCUAGGUUGCUUCUGACAUCCCUCUAGGAACAGUGGGCUCUGAGCAGCAUGGCCCAUUGUGUGUGUCUGCCCACCAGUGGUGCUGGGGACCCCUGGGUUCUCAGCCCUUCUCACACCCUCUAGGUUGACUGACAGAUCCUGGGGUUGGCUUUUGUUUCCUGUGAGUGUUUAAUGUGAGGGGGCAGGGGGUGCACACCUAGCUGUAGCAUGUAGAGACUGUAUACCAUUAGACUUUUUCUUUUUUACAAUAAAAAAAAUGCUUGACUGGUUUCAAGCUUCAUUGUAAA